UACGCCCGUUUCUCCGAAUCCGAGUCCGCUUGGGAAAUCCGAGGACCCUGCGUCGUCCUUUUUACCUCUCCGCGUCUCCCCGGCCUCUCACGAUCCAAACCCUAACCCUAACCCCCAAAAUCUUAGUUCAAGAAGGGCAAGAAAGGCAGGCGAGAGAGCGAGCGAGAGAGGCCGAUUCGGGCUUCGAUGGAGGAGGAGAGGCUUCAUUCCUCGCGGGAGAACCCUAGAUUCCCUCCGGGGGACCGGCCCCCACGGCUGGCGGCGGCAGCGGAGCAACAGCCCCUGCCGGCCUCGCGGCCGCCGCCGUCGAUCCUCGACCGGUUCCGUGCCAUGCUCCGGGAGAGGGAGGAGGAGCUGCGGGAGGCCACCGGCGAGGACCCGCCCCCGUCCCCGCCCCCGCCCCAUACCGCCGGCGAGAUCGUCCGUCUCUACAAGGAGCUCCUCUCGGAGCUUACCUUCAACUCGAAGCCAAUCAUCACCGAUCUCUCCAUCAUCGCCGGGCAGCAUUCCCAGUUCGCAGAGGGGAUCGCCAACGCCAUCUGUGCGCGGAUUCUUGAGGUCCCUGUAGAUCAAAAAUUACCCUCAUUGUAUCUUCUGGAUAGUAUUGUGAAGAACAUUGGUCGUGAUUAUGUGAGAUAUUUUGCAGCUCGCCUCCCCAAGGUGUUUUGUGAGGCAUAUAAUCAAGUCCAUCCCACCCAGUAUCCUUCCAUGCGCCACCUUUUUGGGACUUGGUUCCAGGUCUUCCCUUUAUCAGUACUUCGUAAGAUUGAGGAUGAACUCCAAUUUUCUCCUACCGAGAACAAACAAUCAUCAGGAAUGUCAAGUACAAGGCACUCUGAAUCUCCAUCUUCUCGUCCAUCUCAUGGCAUUCAUGUAAAUCCUAAGUACCUAGAAGCACGACAGCAGUUGAAACAUCCAACUUUGAUGUGUGCAGCAGACGGUCAUGAUAAGGUGCAUACUACUGAUUUUGAUGGGGAGCGAAUGGAGGGACGUGCAUCAGAGGGCUCGAAAGGAUGGCAAGGAGCUUCUCCAAAAUUUCAUGACAUUGAACACGUUAGAGGAGUUUCUUCCAGUUUACAAGUUUAUGGGAAGAAAUCUUCCAUGCAAUGCAGUGAGUACAAUAUUGAUCAUCCUGAGGUGCUUCCUGCACGACCAGGGGUAGCAAGAACAGGUUCACCACAAACUGCAGCCACAUGCACAGCCUCCAUGGUUGAAGUGGAAGGUCCAACUCGUCAAUUAAAGAUCAAGAUUUCAAGGCCUUCACCACCUCCAAUAAUUGGACCACGAAAGUCUAUAUCACCACCCGUUGACAGAUUCUCAAGAGAUACCUCUCCCAGGAGGAUGCGUGAAAGGGCUUCUCCAUCUCAUUCAGGAUUUGUAUAUGGACCUGGCAGAGGGACUAGUCAGAAUGGUUGGCUUGAGAGGAGACGGCCUUUUGAUGAUGGUGCCCAGCAAAUACAAGCUUCCAUGGCAUUCAACCUUAAUAAUGGAUAUGCCAAGCAGCGCUCAAGAGAACUCAUUGAUGCAUAUGGAAAUUAUACAGGGAAAAGUUUUUCUCUUGAAAAGCUUCCAAAGGUACCACGGCUUGAUGUGAAUAGCGUGGCCAGUGAGAGAGCUUCUAGAAAAUGGAAGAAUUCUGAGGAAGAAGAGUAUGUUUGGGAGGAUAUGAGCCCAACUUUAUCUGAUCGAAGCAGAAGAAACAGCCUGCCACCCUUUGGGCCCAGUACUGGAAGCUUGAGCACAAGAGCUGGUUUAACUAGACCAGAUGCUUCGCUGCUGGAUCAUGAUUCUGGAAGGCGCAGUUGGCCUGGCCAAGCUCAGCUGCCUGCAGUUGGUGAUCCUGCUAAUACCAUUGAAGAUAGGAUACCUGUAUUUGGUCCAGCUCAUGGAUCAAUGAAUAGGAAGUACUUGGAUAGCACAGUAAGUCAGAAUGAUUGGUUGCCACCCUAUCAGGGUUCUCACCACACUCAUGAGCCUCGAAAGUUGCCAUACAUGUUUCCAAAGUCUUCACAGCAUAACCUUAGUCCACGAUCACGAAGAAGGGCUCAUCAGAUGCCUGUUGCAGCAAGUGGAAUAACAUCUUUAGUCAGCAAUAAAUUGCCCAGUCCAUAUGAACAUACAACAGAUAUGGAAGUGCCAUUUUCGAGGUUAUCAAGCUCCCAUUCUGACCCUUUUGAUGUGGACACAUCCACAUUAGAGAGGCAUUUGGCACAAAGACCACAUUCGCCCCCUCCUCCUCCAAUUGUACGGCCUUCUGUUCAUAAUAAUCAGCAGCUGCCUCUACUACCUAUUCCUCCAAAUCAAAAGCAGUUGAAAAGUCCUUUUGAUGAUGUGGAAGCUCACAAGCCUAUACCAAACCAAAGGCCAGAAUCAUUUUUGUAUUUGUCUCAGUAUCAGAAUGACACUGCUGAUAGAAAAACAUUGAACUCAAAUAAGUUACUCCAAGUACCAUAUCAACAGCCUGGCUUAGCUCAUUCAAAUCAACAGAGUCAGGAACAAGGCACUACUAUGCAAAUUCAGUCUCAGAAGUCUAACGGAAGCAUUAUUCUGCCUGCGUCAGCUCAGCUUUCAUCUCAAAUGGUUGCUCAGCCCUUAAAUCAUGUACCUAACCACUUAUCUGGGCUACCUUCUGUGGGAGUGAACAGUAUGCCUGAUACCUCUUUACAUGUAAAUGCAAGUGUUUUACCCCCUUUGCCUCCAGGACCACCUCCUGCCUCAUCACAGAUGGGACCUGUGUUGCAAAAUACUGGCUCUAUGAUAUCUAGCUCGCCUGCGGGUGCAUUUUCAGGCCUGAUUAGUACUCUUAUGGCACAGGGUUUGAUUUCAUUGACACCACCAGCCCAAUCUCAGGAUUCUGUUGGAGUUGAAUUUAAUGCUGAACUUCUUAAGGUGCGACAUGAAUCUGUGAUUAAUGCUUUGUAUACUGAUCUUCCAAGGCAAUGCACAACAUGUGGCUUGCGUUUCAAGUGCCAAGAAGAGCACAGCAGUCACAUGGAUUGGCAUGUGACUAAAAACCGAAUGUCUAAGAAUCGUAAGCAAAAGCCAUCUCGCAAAUGGUUUGUAAGUGCAAAGGAAUGGCUUAGUGGGGCAGAAACACUUGGAAAUGAUGUUGUUCCUGGCUUUUUGCCUACCGAAACUGUUACAGAGAAGAGGGAAGAUAAAGAAAUGGCAGUCCCGGCAGAUGAAAAUCAGAAUGUGUGUGCAUUAUGCGGGGAGCCUUUUGAGGAUUUUUAUAGUGAUGAGGCUGAGGAGUGGAUGUACAGAGGGGCUGUAUAUUUGUAUGCUCGAGAUGGAUAUACUGAAGGUUUAGACAGGUCUCAAUUGGGCCCCAUUGUCCAUGCCAAGUGCAGGUCAGAGUCCAAGGAAGGAUCUGGACAAGCUUAAGGGGGAGACAAAUGACGUGAUUAGCAUAAAGGAUUGCGGCUUAAAUUAACUUAACCUGUAAAUUACUUGGAGCAUCGCAGGCCAUUAUGGUAUGCACAGCUUUAUCUUUUUCCCGCUAAUGGUCAAGCCUGCGUACCAUGGCUUCAUGUUUAAUAUUGUACAUUUAAAGUUGGCUUUCUGUAACUUACUCUGUCAUCAAAGUGUAUACCGUUCAUGCAUCUCCUUUUGCCCUCGCACAUUUUGCUUUUUACAUCAGGGAUCUUGCAAGCUUUGGUCAUUUUAGUUUUUUUCAGCCAUGGGGUUAAAAGAAAGAUACCUUAAAUCACACAAUGUCUUCAUGUAAUCUGGAUCCUUCGCUGUUAUCCAUCCUCUUUAUUUUGGGGUGGUUUGUUGCUGCUA